UAUGUCAUGCUCCAAGAAGAAAAACAAAAAAAUAUAAUUCAAUUCAAAUGAUGAUUUGAUCACUUUCUUUGACCAAGUGUGAUAGUUUAAUGAUCUUAUAUCGCAUUACAUAUAUGAAACAAAUAAAAGAAAAAUAUGAUAUCACAAUGAAAGCGUAUACGAAUAGCUCCCUUGACAUUUGUGAUUAUCCGGGUACUUUUAUGAUGAAAGCUAGUGAAAUACAGACUUUCAAAAUGUUCUAGCCAUUUCAAGUGAUUUAGCGACUGUUUGCACUAAGAUCGAGAUGACAAAGCAACAUAUACGAAAGUAAACAAUCUAAUAAUAUGGAUCCAAUAGUUGGAUUGUUCGGGGAAAUGGAAGAUGAUACCAAAAUAUUGCCAGAAAUAUUGCCACCAGAGAUUGAGGAGGGAAAUGUUGAAUAUAAGCUUAAACUUGUGAACCCUUCAGAUGACAGGUUUGAACAUUUAGUGACCCAGAUGAAAUGGAGGCUCCAGGAGGGUCAGGGAGAGGCCAUUUAUGAGAUAGGGGUGGCAGAUAAUGGAAUGUUAGCUGGUCUAACAGAUGAUGAAAUGUCUGCUUCUCUCAAUACAUUGCAACAAAUGGCCAGCAGGCUUGGUGCUACUACUAGUAUGCUACGAGAGAGAGUGGUUGAGACGGCACAUGCAGAAUCACGAAAAAGAGCUGCAGAAAUACUUGUACGGAAAGUACCAGAUGAUCAACAGUUCAUCGAUCUACGUCUUGCUGUCCUUGGAAACGUCGAUACAGGGAAGAGUACCCUACUGGGUGUGUUGACACAGGGGGAACUUGAUAAUGGGAGGGGGAGAGCUCGUCUGAAUUUAUUUCGCCAUUUACACGAAAUACAAUCAGGCCGAACAUCGAGUAUAAGUCAUGAAAUACUUGGUUUUAACAGUAAUGGGGAGGUGGUCAAUUAUAGCGAAUCCCGAACUGCAGAAGCCAUUUGUGAAAACUCAACCAAACUAAUCACACUUAUAGAUCUAGCUGGACACCACAAAUAUCUCAAGACAACCAUAUUUGGUCUAACAGGAUACUCUCCAGACUUUGCCAUGCUGGUUGUCAGUGCAGCCACUGGAAUAGUCGGCACAACAAGGGAACACUUAGGUCUAGCCCUGGCUUUAGAGGUCCCAAUAUUUGUAGUGAUCAGCAAAGUAGAUAUAUGCAGUCAGCGUGUGGUGAAAAGAACCCUUGAGCAGCUGGAAAGAUUGCUCAAGUCUCCAGGAUCAAAGAAGGUCCCGAUGAGAGUAGAGUCAGAGGAUGAUGCUAUAAUGGCUGCAUCAACGAUCAGUUCUGAAAGCAUUGCUCCAAUAUUCACUGUGUCCAAUGUGACAGGGAAACAUCUAGAUCUAUUGACAAAGUUCCUGAAUGUCUUGCCACCAUUACGCAGUCAUAAAGACAGAGAGGGUCACCUUCAGCAGCCUGCUAUACAUCAAGUGGAAGAGGUUUACUGUGUGCCAGAUGUGGGCACUGUACUUGGUGGAACACUCAUCAGAGGUAGUAUAAAGGAGGGUGAGAAGAUGUUAGUGGGUCCUAUGGACACUGGGGAGUUCCAGGAGGUGAUAAUACAAGGCCUACAUAGAAGUAGGCGUCCCUGUAGGAUGGUCAGAGCUGGAGAGGCAUGCUCAGUGUCACUUGGUUCGCAUGAUAAAUCAACUCUUCGGAAGGGUAUGGUGCUUGUCAGCCCUAAGCUGAACCCCCAAGCGUGUACAUCAUUUGAGGCUGAGAUUUACCUGUUGUUUCACGCUAACUCUAUAGGACGUGGCUUCCAGUGUACUUUACAUAUUGGCAGUGUCUGCCAAACUGCAAUCAUAGAUGGUAUCAUUCAAAAGGAUUCCAUACAGACCGGUGAAAAGGCUGUAGUGAUAUUCCGUUUCAUCAAACAACCAGAGUACAUCCGCCUAGGAUCAAGACUGUUGUUCCGUGAGGGCCCCACAAAAGGCAUGGGCCAAAUCACCAAAGUUAUGCCAAUGGAACAGAAUCCAUUUCUGAGAGCUGUAUCAAAGAACAGAAAGAGAAAGUUGCAGCAGUGA